AUGCCAACACGCGGUUUGAAAUUGAAGGACACAAAGUUAGCUCUAAAGAAGCACGCUCUGGUGAGGCUGUGCCUCACCAGCUUGCUCUACUUUGUACUUCCCUCGGUGCUCUUCUAUCUUCUAUGUGUCUACGUUCUAGUCACAGAGAUUUGCUUUCAUUUCCCAAAUCUUGUGAAGAAGCGUAAAUAUAAGAAGCUAGAAUACUCAAAGGAAAGAUUUGGGUUCUUCAUGGGUGCACAUCGAGGAGGCUCCCUCGAGGGACUUGAGAACACAAUGACUAACUUCAAGAAGGCAAAAGAACUAGGUGGUUUGUAUGUAGAGAUGGAUGUCUGCAUGACAAAGGACAAAAAAGUGGUUGUCAUCCAUGAUCCUCAUCUGAAGAGGAUCAGCGGUAUUGAUAAAAAUGUGAAUGACUGUAAUUAUGCUGAACUUCCUAAGAUAAAGGAUAAGGUUCCUGUUCAUUUUGAUUGGUCAAAUUAUGAUGCCACAAAUUGGCAGGAUAAAACUUUCCCUCUCUUUGAUGAUGUCUGCAAAGAAUUAGGAGAUACGCCUAUCAAUAUGGAGAUUAAGACCAACGACGAUGGAAUUUUAGAAGAAGUGUAUAAAAUUGUGAAGAAAAACCAUAAAACAUCCCAAGUGGUCUGGGGAACAAGAAGAUAUGAAGACUCAAUAAAGUUGAGUAAGAUGGCACCAGAAGUCUGUAGGUUCGCAUGUGCUAAAGAGUUCAUGUCUAUAUAUAUUGGGUAUAUCUUUGGGUAUCUUCCUUUCAUUGAUAUUGACUGUGAUACCGUCCAGCUACCUCUCUGUACUGAAGGAUAUAAAAAAUGCUGAACAUUAGAAAUAAAAAGUGCUUUGAAGCGAUCCCUAUUGCUUAAUUUUAUAAAGCUUACUGCUUACAUUGUAGAUCCUCUGCUUGUUCAUCUUCAGAAGAGAGGAGUUGAGCCCAUCUUUUGGGUGAUAAAUAGAAAGGAAGAACUUGAAGAAUGCUUAACAUAUGAGGGCCUUUCAGGAAUUAUGACAGAUUGACCAGAAUAUUUCAUAAACUUGCUCGAAGGGAAAGAAGAUUAA